CCGCUGACUCACACGGAUAAAGUUAUUAAGGCGCGGUCCUCAGUUCUGUUCUUUUCUUCUCACUACAUUAUCUUGAGUUAGGGAGCUGGACAGAGAGUUAGAGGGGAGACUUUCAGAGAGACAGUCUUAGGGUGUGAGAGUUAGGGCGAGAGACGGUGAGAGUGAAAGAAAGACAGAGAGCGAGAAAGUGUUUUUGAGAGAGAUAGAGAGAGAGAAAGCGACUUACUGAGCGAGAGAAUAGGAAUUAUAAGAGUAGUGAGGCCUGUAUAGGAUGUCAUGAUAGACUAAGAUGUGAAGAAAGAUCUGCACCAUCUGCCUGUUCAGGCCCAGAGACCCAGACAGAGGCCCAGCAGUCUCACCCUGCAGCCUGAAGUAGAGAGGAGAGAGUGAGGGAGGUACUGUGUCUUGGCACACCAGCAACACACAGGACAUCCACAAACCAGAGAAAGAGAACAUGGAGACCCUCAUCAUCAAGAAUGAAGAGAAUACAGAAGAGAGUCAUCCCACAACUGGAAGCAAAGAUGUCACCACAUCCAUGAAAAACAUGUGGGACCUGAACCUAAACCAGGAACAAGAGGACCCAACAACAACGCACGAUAAACCAGGGGAGAACACCCAGCCUCAGAACCAGGAACAAGAGGACCCAACAACAACGCACGAUAAACCAGGGGAGAACACCCAGCCUCAGAACCAGGAACAAGAGGACCCAACAACAACGCACGAUAAACCAGGGGAGAACACCCAGCCUCAGAACCAGGAACAAGAGGACCCAACAACAACGCACGAUAAACCAGGGGAGAACACCCAGCCUCAGAACCAGGAACAAGAGCACCCAACAACAACGCACGAUAAACCAGGGGAGAACACCCAGCCUCAGAACCAGGAACAAGAGGACACAACAACAACGCACGAUAAACCAGGGGAGAACACCCAGCCUCAGAACCAGGAACAAGAGGACCCAACAACAACGCACGAUAAACCAGGGGAGAACACCCAGCCUCAGAACCAGGAACAAGAGGACCCAACAACAACGCACGAUAAACCAGGGGAGAACACCCAGCCCCAGACAAUCUCUAGCAGGUUUACUGUCACCCCAGAAGAUGUGCUGUGUGACUCCUGCAUUGAGAUCCCGUGCCGGGCCCAGAAGUCCUGCCUCACCUGCCUGGUGUCGUACUGCGAGGCCCACCUCAGACCCCACCUGGAGAACCAGAGGUUCCAGAAUCACCGGCUGGUGGAGCCCUUACAGGACAUCGAGUGUCGCACCUGUGAGGAGCACCAGCUACCGCUUGAACUAUACUGCCUGACGGACGGCUGCGGUGUGUGUGUGUGCUGCGAGUGUGAGGGACAGGGGCAUCUGGGGCACAAUACUGUACCUGUAGAGGAGGCUCGAAGACAGAUCCAGACAGAGCUGCAGAAGAAACAAGGGGAGAUUAUGAAGACCGUCUCAGUGGCAGAGAAUUCCAUUGGCAAGCUACAGAGCAACACUGCAUCCAUAGAGAGCUCGGUGGCAGGGGUACAUGCUGUGAUGGAGCAGCAGUUCUAUCUGCUGCAAGGGGCCGUAGAAGAGGCCCGGAGGAGGGCCACUGAGGUUCUGGAGGGGGAGCAGAGGCAGGCACUCAGCCAGGCCGAGGGCAUCCAGGCCCACCUGGAGCAGAAGAGCCAAGAGCUGAAGAAGACCCUGGCCAGAGUGGAGAGACUCUUCAGGAACAAGAGGGAUGUAGACUUCCUGCAGGAAUACUCAGAGUGGAAGACGGGGGCUGUGGAUGUCUGUCUGCCUGGGCUCUACAUCGGCCUCACAGAUCGCCUGGCCUCCUUCAGCUGCCUGCUCACUGAGUCCACCCAGGAACUGUGUGACCAGAUCAAGGCUACCUACAGGGACAAACUGAAGGACAUCUGCAGGACUGAGAAACUGGGCAUUACAACCAUGGUCCAUCCCAAGAUGUCAAAGUCUUUUUCACUGCCUGAGCCUGAGAUGCGAGACGACUUCCUCACGUAUGCCAGCAGUCUGACCUUUGACCCAGACACUGUCCACAAGUUCCUGAGACUAACCGAAGACGACAGGAAGGUGACCAACACCACGCCCUGGCAGCACAGCUACCCAGACACGCCCGAACGCUUCGAGUACUGGCGCCAGGUGAUGACCUCAGAGAGCCUCUACCUGGGCCGACACUACUUUGAGGCAGAGCUGAGUGGGGAGGGCGUGCACGUGGGACUCACCUACAAGAGCAUCGACCGGAAAGGCGUGGAGAGAGGCAGCUGCAUCACAGGAAAUGACUUCUCGUGGAGCCUCGGAAGGGAGGGGCGGAGCUUUUCCACUUGGCAUGCUGAUAUGGAGGCGGUCGUGGAAGCCACAAGUGUGUUCACGAGAAUCGGCAUCUACAUCGACUUUGACUCAGGCUCAUUAGCUUUCUAUGGUGUGACUGACAUCGCUAUGACACUCCUCUACAGGUACAAGGCUGAGUACAUGGAGCCCUUGUAUCCUACUGUCUGGCUCUCAAAGAAGGACAGUGUGGUGUUAUUGGUUGGUCCUAAGGACCCCCCACUAAUGAAGAGCUCAACUCUGCCUGCCACCCCCAUCACUCCCAUGGCAACAUCAGCUCCUGUCAGUCCAGAAUCAUAAUACUUUGACUGCAGAAGUGUAGUUAGGUUAAAGAGGCGGACCAGUACACAUUUCUGUUUCUCACAAAUACAAUAAAGUAUCUAUUCUAUUCAUAAGCAGUUGCCUUAAGUGUCUGAUACUGUAGUUAUUUAACAGGACCCAGCAUCAAGUAUCACAAGACAACAGACAUGGACUUUACAGGGGGUGUCUGCACUCAUCCAGGACCUAUAUACUAGGCGGUGUCUGCACUCAUCCAGGACCUAUAUACUAGGCGGUGUCUGCACUCAUCCAGGACCUCUAUACUAGGCGGUGUCUGCACUCAUCCAGGACCUCUAUACUAGGCAGUGUCUGCACUCAUCCAGGACCUAUAUACUAGGCGGUGUCUGCACUCAUCCAGGACCUCUAUACUAGGCGGUGUCUGCACUCAUCCAGGACCUCUAUACUAGGCGGUGUCUGCACUCAUCCAGGACCUCUAUACUAGGCGGUGUCUGCACUCAUCCAGGACCUAUAUACUAGGCGGUGUCUGCACUCAUCCAGGACCUCUAUACUAGGCGGUGUCUGCACUCAUCCAGGACCUAUAUACUAGGCGGUGUCUGCACUCAUCCAGGACCUCUAUACUAGGCGGUGUCAGAGGAAGGCCCAGUACAUCACUGGGGAAAACCAUCCUGCCAUCCAGGACCUAUAUACCAGGCGGUGUCAGAGGAAGGCCCAGUACAUCACUGGGGAAAACCAUCCUGCCAUCCAGGACCUAUAUACUAGGCGGUGUCAGAGGAAGGCCCAGUACAUCACUGGGGAAAACCAUCCUGCCAUCCAGGACCUAUAUACCAGGCGGUGUCAGAGGAAGGCCCAGUACAUCACUGGGGAAAACCAUCCUGCCAUCCAGGACCUAUAUACUAGGCGGUGUCAGAGGAAGGCCCAGUACAUCACUGGGGAAAACCAUCCUGCCAUCCAGGACCUAUAUACCAGGCGGUGUCAGAGGAAGGCCCAGUACAUCACUGGGGAAAACCAUCCUGCCAUCCAGGACCUAUAUACUAGGCGGUGUCAGAGGAAGGCCCAGUACAUCACUGGGGAAAACCAUCCUGCCAUCCAGGACCUAUAUACUAGGUGGUGUCAGAGGAAGGCCCAAAAACUUCCCUAGAUUCCAGUCACCCAACUCAUAGACUGUUCUCUCUACUACCGCACGGCAAGCGGUACCAGAGCGCCAAGUCUAGGACCAAAAGGCUCCUUAACAGCUUCUUCCUCAAGCUAUAAGACUGCUGAACAAUUAAUCAAAUAGCCACCCAGACUUUGUUUUUACACUGCUGCUACUCACUGUUUAUUAUCUAUGUACAAAAUUACCUCGACUAACCUGUACCCCUGCACAUUGACUUGGUACCGGUACCCCCUGUAUAUAGCCUUGUUAUUGUUAUGUAAUUUUAUUGUGUUACUUUUUAUUUAACUUUAGUUUAUUUUAGUAAAUAUUUUCUUAACUCUAUUUCUUGAACUGCAUUGUUGGUUAAGGGUUUGUAAGUAAGCAUUUCACAGUAAGGUCUGGACCUGUUGUAUUUGGCACAUGUGACAAAUAUAAUUUGAUUUGAUAUAGAACAAACAUGACACUGAGGGAUUGAGUAAUAACUUUUAACUGCCCUUUUUAUUGGAACAGGUUAGCAAGUGACUGACUUGCUAACUACUGUGAUUGGUCUUUCAUAUGCAAAAACAUACUAUGUUUAUUUGACAUUGUGCUGAGUACUAACUACCAAGAUGAGUUAAAGGGCUGUCUUUCAUUGUUGUGUCAAUGGUCAAUCUAAUGUAAAUCAUAUUAACAAUGUGAUAAAGCUUUUGUCAAAUCUU